AUGUCUCAAUCAAAGCUUCGUCUUGCUAUUUUGGACGACUAUCAGGGGAUUGCAGUUUCCAAAUUCCAUCACCUUGCCUCGCGUGUUGAUGUCGCCUCCUUCCCGGAUACACUUCACCCAGAGGUCCCUGAGGAAAGGGAGUCGCUCAUACAGCGUCUCCUACCUUUCGAUGUCAUCUCCACCAUGCGUGAGCGCACGGCACUCCCUGCAGACGUUACAAACGCCCUCCCGAAUCUGAAGCUCGUCCUGACGACUGGAAUGAAAAACUCCGCCAUCGACAUGGCCGCGCUCAGUCAGCGCGGUAUUCCGGUCCUUGGAGCCAAGGGGAUCGGGCUCGGGCUCAGCACAAGUGGUGUGCCAACACCCACCUCCCUCGAUUCAACACUACAACAUACCUGGGCUCUCAUUUUGGGUCUUGCCCGGGGCGUGGCUAGCAAUGAUGCUAGAAUGAAGCAGGGCGGCUGGGAAGGGUCCUUCGCCACUGGCCUGACGGGCAAGACUUUGGGAUUGCUGGGAUUCGGCAAACUGGGCGCCGACACCGCAAAGGUUGGGGUUCUAGCUUUUGGAAUGAAUGUGGUGGCCUGGUCAAGUAAUCUCACGCAGCAGCAGGCGGAUGAAAAGGCUCGAGGUUUUGGUCUGCCCGAGGGGACGUUCCGGGUUGCGGCGAGCAAGGAGGAUUUGCUACGCAGUGCAGACGUGUUGAGUAUCCACUAUGUCUUGUCCGACAGGAGUAGGAACAUAUUAGGGGCACCGGAAUUGGCACUGAUGAAGCCGUCCGCCUUACUGGUUAAUACAUCACGGGGCCCGUUGGUCAAUGAGAAGUCUCUUCUCUCGACCUUGGAGCAAGGCAAGAUCCGAGGAGCCGCCAUCGAUGUCUACGAUUUCGAGCCACUCCCCAAGGACAGCAGAUGGAGAAGUGUUCCCUGGGGCAAGGAUGGUAGAAGCGAAGUUCUGCUCAGCCCUCAUAUGGGGUAUGUGGAGGAGGGUGUCAUGAACCGAUGGUACGAGGACUCUGCGGCAAACUUAGGGUUAUGGCUGGAAGGCAAGGAGGUGCCGACGAAGUUAAGCUAG